AUGUUACGUGAUCUAUGUGUAUUCGGCAUAUUUCAGGCCGGAAGCCUCGACCAAACUCCUCUAAAACGGGAUAACAUUACACCAGAGGAAGUCGUAGAGGUCAUCAAGGAUUAUCGUGCAAAAAAGAUAGAAUACAAGCGAUACCAAGAAGAUGAAACUAACGCCGAACAAGCUAUAAAGGAUAAACUAACGGAAUUCGAAAGGAUCUUUUCAACAACUUCCAACGAAAUGGAAUGGGAAGAAAUUAGAACGGCGGCUUUGAAAAAUCUAGGGUCAGAAAAGGGUUUACGCGAUUGGGAUAAGAUUAAGAAAUGGGUGAUGAGGACGAACAACUUCUUGAGAUUGGGACGCAGAAUCAUCAGUUUGGCGGAACAAGGCGCUAUAUUACAAGAAUAUACCACGCUAAAUGAUGACUUCACAAAAGAUUAA